CCUACCCUACAGAGCUUCCCGUCGUCGCUCACUCGACGCGCUCCCGCAUUUUACCUGUUAGCCAAGCCAAGCGACAGAGCAGAUGUUAUACAACUGUAACUGAACACAGUUAGUGAAUAUCUCAGUAUUUAACCCUGACGUUUACGGAAGGAAGUUAACUGAUCGAUAUCAACGAACAUAUUAUCAAACUUUAGGAACAGCAGAACAAGGAUAUCUGACAUUUGCCAGGAUGCACUUUUCCAGCUGUCUGUGUACCCUCCUCGUCGCGCUUGUCUACCAAGUGAGCGCUAUGGAUACUGUUAUCGGCCUGUAUGGAGAGACCGUUGAGGUGCCAUGCAACAAUGGAGCCCCCAAACCAAAGGACCUGUUCAUAACAAAAUGGAAAUACGACAAUGGAGACCUGCUGACCCAGCUGAAAGACCAGGAUGCCUCUGUCAUAGCCACCGACAAGUACAAAGACCGUGUCAGCAUGGCCGAAAACUCUAGCCUGCUGAUUGCUGCAGCAUCACUGAAGGACGAGAAGACUUUCACCUGCAUGGUGGUGGCUGGGGCUGACAUCUCAGAAUACCCUGUCAAACUCCUUAUCCACAAGGCUCCAACCGGAGUGGAGAUCACAGCCCUAGCCGCAGAGCUGGAGAUUGGCAAACCAACCCAGCUAGGGCAGUGCAGCGCCCCUGAUGCCAACCCAGCUGCCAACAUCACAUGGUUCAAGAACAAGAAACAUCUGGUGGCGGAUGGGAAAGGCAUUAUAAUCAGUUCCAAAGUGAAGGUGGACGAAGUCACUGGCCUCACCACCACUUCCUCCACUCUUCAGUACACAGCUGAGAAGGGAGACACAGAUGCUCUGUUCACCUGUGGGGCCCUGAACGCAUUGUCCUCCCCAGUCUCCUUCACUGUCACCUACCCCACAGAGAGGGUCAGUCUACAUGUCAUUUCUAAAGGGCCCCUUAUGGAAGGAGACAACGUGACUCUGAAGUGCAAGGCCGACGGGAACCCACUUCCCACCAGCUUCAACUUCCACAUUCAGAAAAGGGUGGUGAAGGUGGAGAACUCUGACUCCUACACUGUGACUGAUGUCACACGUGACAGCACAGGGGAAUACAAGUGUUCUAUCAUUGACAAUGCCAAGAUGGAAGACUCCAAGAACAUUACCAUCAAUUACCUGGAUAUGAGUUUGAGCCCCUCUGGGAAGGUCAUGAAGAGCACCGGCGAAAGCUUGGCUCUGAACCUGCAGACCGAUGCGUCUGGAGAACUCAGGGUGUCCUGGACUAAGGACAAUGGCAAACUAGACAAAAUCCCUAAGUUUGACAAGCUGACCUACUCUGAUUCUGGAAAGUAUGAGGUUGUGGUCACCAUGGGCGCUCUCAUCAAGAAAGCCUCUUUCGAGCUGGUCGUUGAAGGUAUUCCAGUCAUCCGGCGGUUGGCAAAGCAGCGUGGCGAGGACGGCCAGCACAAGGUACUGACCUGCGAGGCUGAGGGCUCCCCCAAACCCACUGUGGCCUGGAGCGUCAACGGCACAUCGGCUGAUGAAAGUCCCUACGUCAAUGGGAAGAUCUCACACAAGCUGACCAUUGUGCCUACAGUCAACCUGACCGUUGUCUGCACUGUGUCCAAUGAGCUUGGCCAGGACACCAGGGCUAUUAACGUGUCGACCUUAUUUGAGGAGGUGAGAAUGGAUAAACAAGGCUCAUCAGAUGACAGUGACACAACAAAGUUGGUGGUGGGAGUUAUUGUUGGUCUGCUCCUGGCCACUGUAGUUGUGGGUCUAGCAUACUGGCUGUACCUGAAGAAAUCCAAGCAAGGCAGCUGGAAGACUGGUGAGAAGGAGGAUGGAUCCACUGAGGAGAGCAAGAAACUGGAGGAGAAAAUAGAGGAGAAGCUGGAGGAAAACAGCCAGAAAGUUGAGGUGUAAAGAAAAGGAAUGUUUAAAGAAUGAGAGAAAAAAGUGCGGAAGCGGCAACUAGAAGCUUUUGCUCACUUCUGUUAAAAUUUGAAAAGGGGGCAUUGAACUGGAUGAAGACCAUUUGGAUUUGGACUUAUCCACAAAACUUUAUUUCCUCUGAAUAUUGAAAGAAAAAAACUGUCUAAAUGAAAGGAUAUGUGUUGUACAUAAGCCUAAAUUGUCUGCGCUAUGGAUAAAAUGUGUUAACAAUCCUUUGUAAUAGUUUUUGUUUCAAGUGUUGGUUAAGAAGGAUUUGGUCAAAUAGAGAAAAAUGCCAAUUGGAGUGUUUGGCUUGGAUUUAAUUAACGUUAUUGCUAUUAGAAUAACUACUGGACCAGAUGCCUUUUCUGUAAGGAUGUGUGCAUUGACCUAGACCUCCCUGACCCUCAAUGCAUUAUAGAGGAUCUGAAGGUCUUCACCGCUGUUCCAUCUCAGUUCCAUAUCAUCAACACAACCAAACACCCAUUAACACAACCGAACGCAGUCAAUACAUUUUGUCAAUUUUUUAUGGAACAUACACUGCCAUUUUGUGUAGUCUCCAUUGGAAAAAUAAACUGUUGAAUAUUUUAAUGAAAGGGCUAAGGGAAGGGUAUAGGCUACAUAACUAGCUUUAGUUGUAACGUAAUAUGAGUUAAGCAUUAUACCAAGAUGCAUCACUUUGCAUUGCAGGAAGUAGAAGAUCUGUUGUACAAAUUAUUUCAUGACAUGUUACAUGGUUCCUGUUUGUUUUUUGUACAUUUUUGCCAUCAAAAGUAUCAGGAGAUUGAGUGAUGCUGUUAGGCAUGCAGUACACUCUGACCAUCUGUUUGUGUAUCAGUGGGUUGUGUUUAGUUUGGACAUAACCACUACAUUACAGAAUAUGUCUUAUCUCAGUUGUAUUCAUAGUGUUAAAUUCUGUGCUUUUAUGUCAUUUUUUAUGUGUAAAGAGACAAGUUGUCCAGCAGUUGCAUACUUCACAACUUAGGUCAGGGUUAUGAGUAGCAUUUACUGAACCUGCAAAUAUAUCAGACCUAGAUGUAAAUGUGAUUUGUUUUGGUUAUUUUUAGCUAUUUAUAUUGUUCAAGAUUACAAGGUUAGCAUCUCUGUUAGUUAUAUUCAAUUAUUCUCACAAAUUUAACCACUUUUUAACCGCUUUAAAAUUUAACCGCUUUAAAGGUACUGAACAAUUGAUAGUAAUUUCUUGCAGUUAUUUGACAAUAAUAAUUAUAAUGUAAGCCUUCUGUGGAUUUUGAGCCUUCUGUAGAUUUCUAUGAGUUUUACCACAUAUCUCAUACUGUCAGCUUGCUGUUUGUGUCCUACGUUGUAGUUAAUGUGAAACCAACAAAUUGGAAAUAAGACCAAAGAGGGUAAAUAUUGCCAUGCAAGUAUUGUAAAUACUGGCUUUUGUUUUUGUACUUUUGUUUAAAAUAAAGUGUAGCCUACAUUUUGAA